AUGGUUAAUUUUACUUGCACUCUCUGUGAACAUAAAACUUUCAAAAAUGAACGUGGGCUUAAUUGUCAUACAAUGCGUAUACAUUUUCCAAAAAAUGUGCCAUCAAUCUCUGCAGCAACAAACAUCCGAGUUUUUUGUAUGCUAUGUCCUUGCAAGUCUUUUAAGAAUAAACGAGGGCUUAUUCGUCAUGAACGUGUAGUGCAUAGUUCUUAUAAUAUUCCUCGAGCUGGUGUUGUAACGUUACCUCAAGAGGCUAUCGAUGAGUUUAAACAAACGUUAGUAUAUAUGAUCCAACGGCAAUUAUCAAAUAAUAGUAGUUCUGCGGGGUCACAAUGUAUUACAAUUCCUUGUAUGGAAAGUCAAUUUAUUGGAGUUUUUGGCAAGCAUAUAACACGGCAUGCUUUUACUCGGCAAACUUAUGAAUGUGUUUUUACUGGAAGGAAUGCAUAUGAUACUUUAUGUCAUAUCUUAGGUGAUAAGAAUUGGAGAAUUAGGCAUUAUAUUAAAGGGCAACAAACCGCUGUGAUUUUAGUUACACCAACCAGUUAUGAAUCUGAGACAAGGAGUUUAACCGAAGAUCAAGACAAUUUUGAUGGUCAACAACAGCGACAGCGCAAGAACACAAUGAAGUUUGAGUUUUCAAUCCGGUAG